GCGCGGCGCGAUGCGGGCGGCGCUGCGGGCGCGGCUGGGCUGGGCGCGCCGGGCGCUCCGCGGGGCCGCGCUGGGCCGCGCCCCGGGGCCGCCGUGCUGGAGCUGCGGCGCUGCGCUGCCCGGCGGCGAUGGGCCGCCCCGCUUCUGCCCCGGCUGCCGGGCUUUGCAGCCGCCGGCGCCGCGGCCUGACCUCUUCCGCCUGAUGGACUGCGACCGCUCGUUCCGCAUCGACCCGGAGCAGCUGCAGCGGCGGUUCCGGAGCCUGCAGCGCGCCGUGCACCCCGACCGCUUCGGCCAGAGGCCGCCGAAAGAGCAGUACUACUCUGAGCAACACUCUUCCCUGAUCAACAAGGCCUACAAGACCCUGCUGAACCCUCUGAGCCGAGGCCUCUAUCUACUGGAGCUGAGUGGAGUGGAGCCAGCACAAGAGACAGACUGUGAUGCAGACUCAGCGUUCCUUAUGGAAAUCAUGGAAAUUAAUGAGAAAUUAGCAGAGCCCAAAAACAAGGAUAACCUUGAAGAAGUUGAAAAUUUAAUUAAAGUUAAACAAGAAGAACUGACCAGAGAGGUGACUGCAGCUUUUGAAAGAGAUGAUCUUCAAGAAGCCAAGAAGCUGCUAGCAAAAAUGAAGUAUUUUGCAAACUUAGAGGAUAAACUAAAGGCCAAGAAGAUCCCUUCCUGAUGUUGCCUUUUCAGCUAUUAAGAGUUAGUGUUAUUUUCAAUUAAACUGAUGGUUUUGUUACCAAAA